CUACCGUCUCCUCGACCAAAAACUCUGCCGUGUCUCACCUGAUGCAGAGCAGCGCUCCAAGUCCCAGAAGAAAGAAUAUUUCGGCAGAAAAUGAAGACGGCUGUAAAGAUGGUCAAAGAUUAAAGAUGAAGGAAAGCUGUAAAAAAAUGCAAAUGUUAUUCAUGAAGUAAUUACAGCAGGUGUGACCCAACAAAUUAGUUUAAUUAGUUCCCAGCCUUUGAAGUGAGCCCAGGAAAACCACCAUGGAGUUGCAGCACAGCACCAACCACAACCAAGCCUUGUGGAAAGAGAUACCGUGGGAUUUCACAGAGGACUGCUCGCUCUCAUUGAGUGGCACCACUUUUCUCAUCGUUGCUUACAGCACAGUCAUGGCGGUGGGUCUCAUUGGGAACUCUUGCCUGGUGUUUGUCAUCACGCGGCACAAGGAGAUGCGCAAUGUCACCAACAUCUUCAUCGUCAACCUGUCUUGUUCUGACAUCCUCAUGUGUAUCGUCUGCCUGCCGGUCACUAUUAUCUACACUCUGAUGGACCACUGGAUCCUAGGAGACACCCUCUGCAAGCUCACGCCCUUCAUCCAGUGUAUAUCAGUUACUGUCUCCAUCUAUUCCCUCGUCCUCAUCGCCAUGGAGCGCUACCAGCUCAUCGUCCACCCGACUGGAUGGAAGCCUGUGGUGUGCCAGUCCUACCUGGCCGUGGCUGUCACCUGGAUCGUGGCCUGUCUAAUCUCAGUGCCUUUCCUCUCAUACAGCAUACUUACCUUGCCUUUCCAGAACCUGAGCAUGCCCUUCCCACUCAGCGAUCACCCUGUCUGCAUGGAGCGGUGGCCGUCGCUUCAAGAACGGCGAGCUUACACCACCUCCCUGCUCGUCUUCCAGUACUUCCUCCCGCUCGUCCUCAUCAUGGUCUGCUACAUGCACAUCUACCUGCGUCUAAGGAGGAGGAAGGACAUGGUGGAGCGCGGCAGGAACACCACUCAAAAGAAAAACAAGGGCUCCACAAGGAUCAACGCCAUGUUAAUCUCCAUAGUGGUGGCGUUCACCCUCUCCUGGCUCCCUCUCAACAUCUUCAACACGGUGUUUGACUGGAACCACGAGGCCAUCCCGUCCUGUAGCCACGACAUCAUCUUCUCAUUCUGCCACCUCACAGCGAUGGCCUCCACCUGCAUCAACCCCAUCAUCUAUGGGUUCCUCAACAGCAACUUCCAGAAACACCUGAAAUCCACUCUGUUGCGCUGUCGCUGCUGGGGGGUGGCGGAGAGGUACGAGACGGUCCCGCUCUCCACCGUCAGCACAGAGGUCACCAAGGGGUCGAUCUUGAGCAAUGGAUCUAUUAGCAUCAAUACUUAAAUCCAAGCCUUUUCAGUCAAAGACAAAAAACUACUGGGGCCUCUCCAGCCCUCAUUGUGUCAUCCUUUAGAGCUUUUCUUGCUUCAUUGCGUGCAAAAGCGAGGUUGACAUUUACAAAGUUCUAAACCUCACAAUAGCAGUCCAGAGGGAGCAGACUGAAGACACUUUACCCAUGGCGCGCUGCCCUCGAUUCAGUACAAGUUCACAUGUAAGAGGAAGCAGAUAACAAAAUGAUGGUGCAAAGGUUGGACAACUCUUAAGUAUUGUUGGUCGACAGAAGACACUUUACAUGAGCACUUUUGCAACCGUAGUCUGUAUAGUCCAUUUCCCCGUGUGCUGCGGGCACAUACGAAUGAAGAGAAGGCAUUUCAUCUGGUAUGCAAACGUCAUGUUUUCCCUUCUCGUGUACUAUCAGCUGUUUUGCUUUUCACACUUUUACCCGCUGUAAAUGUGAGCGAUGGAGAGUACUGAGAGGACAAAGGGUUUGGGGUUGUUGUUUUAAAAAAAAAAAAAAAAAAUCUUAUUUCAAUUUUGCUGUCUUAUGUUAAUAGUAUUGAUGAAAAUAUUAAGGGAUUGUGAACUGUGAUGUGUUAGUGAUUACUGACAGAGUAGCUUAUUACACAUCUGAAGGAGAGAACAUUAGUGCAUUAACUAUAUGGCUCCAGGCGUUCAUUCAGCCGGUUUUACUAGCAUCAUCUUAAUGCAUUUCUUAUUACCUAAAAUCACUACAAACGAUGUAAUGAUCUUUUACAAUGAACCUUGGCAAGAGCUGUAUACAUUUCUGCCGUCUGCCAAGGUCUGCGUUCCAGUAUACUGUGCGUGUAGAUGGUUUCCUCAUAAAAUGUUACAUACAUCCACCGUAUAUCAAGUGCCAUAAAACAAAAUAAAAACGACAGUGAAGGACUUUUUCAGAGCAGGGUUCUUCUGCUGUAUAUAACAUUGCUAAAUACUGUACAUGUAUGGCCUGUAAAAGAUGUGACACAGUCAUAGUUUAUGGUGUGGUCGGCAAUAAAGAGCACUGUGUAGCAUAGCAGAUAUCUCCUAGGAAACCUGUUGUUAGUCACUUCACUUUGUGGUAUUGAUCUGAAUUAAAAAUAUUUACUAUCAUCUUUGA